AUGCCUCCGCCGCCGCCGCCCUCCCGGCGGGAUGCCUCGACUGCGCCCAACAAGGAAGAGAACGCCUACAUCCCAAACUUCAUCUCCAAGCGACCAUUCUAUGCCGGCGAGGGGGAGGAGACAGACUACCUUGAGCAUCAGCGUCUUCAAAAGAAAGAGCAAGACUCAACAUGGUACGACCGAGGCAAGAAGGGCAAAGCCGCGACAAAGUUCCGCAAGGGUGCAUGCGAAAACUGCGGCGCGAUGGGCCACAAAGCCAAGGAAUGCCUCGAGAGGCCCAGGAAAAAGGGUGCCAAAUACACGGGAAAGAACAUCCAGGCCGACGACGUGGUGCAGGAAGUACAGCUCAGCUGGGACGCGAAGCGCGACCGGUGGAACGGCUACGAGGCCAAGGACUACAAGCAUGUCGUGGAGGAGUACGACCAGAUGGCGGAGCUCAGGCGGCAGAUGCGCAAGAAACAGGCGGGCGAGGACGGGGAGGACGCGGACGAGGGCGAUGCCGGUGAUAAGUACGCCGAGGACGUGGACAUGAGCAAGCACCAGCCUACCUCGACGAGGCAGCUGCGUAUACGGGAGGACACGGCCAAAUACUUGCUGAACCUGGACCUGGAAUCCGCGAAAUACGACCCAAAGACAAGGACGCUCGUCGACGGCGGUGCGACUGCCGACAAGGCUGCCGAGCUGUUCGCGGAGGAGGGCUUCGUGCGCGGGUCAGGCGAUGCCGCCGAGUUCGAGCGCGCGACAAAGUACGCAUGGGAGGCCCAGGAGAAGAAGGGAGACACAAGCCAGCAUCUGCAGGCGAACCCGACAGCAGGAGAGUUCUACCGGAAGAAAGAGAGUGAAGAGGCCGAGAGGAAGAAGCUGGAGAAGGAAAAGGAGCUACGCGAGCUGUACGGCGACAGCACACAGGCAAUGCCAGCUGCGCUCAGGGACAUGACCGUCACGGAGAACGAGCACUUCGUCGAGUACGACGAGCACGGUUUAGUCAAAGGGGCGAAGGCGUCUGCGAAGUCCAAGUACCCGGAGGAUGUCUACAUCAACAACCACACGUCGGUAUGGGGCAGCUGGUGGUCAAAUUUCCAGUGGGGCUAUGAAUGCUGCCACUCUACUAUCAAGAACAGCUACUGCACAGGCGAAGACGGCAAGAAGGCCUGGGAGGCAUCAGAGAAGCAGCGGAGCGGCGCAAAUCUGCUCGAAGAAGCAGCUGAAGAUAACGGCGAGGAAGAGGCUGCCGCCGCGGGAGCCAUUGCGACGGAUGAAGCAAAGAGCGAGAAACAGAAUCUGAAACGGACGAGGGAAGAGAUGGCGAGUGGCAUCACGGAGGAGGAGCUUGAAGAUUACCGGCGAAAGCGGACAGCGGCUGACGAUCCGAUGGCCAAGUUCCUCGGCAAGGAUGAACUCGUACAUUAG